UGCUUGAUUCAGGCAAUUCAGGAUUUGCCGAGGGCUUCCGAAGGGGCAGAUUUGCUGAAAUCUGUCUGCAAUGUUCGAUACAGGUUACACAGUUUCUACAAUGAAUCUAGGCUUCGGGAGCUCAAUGUACAGUUGAUAGCCCAGAAUCCUAAUCCGCCGCCAGGUAAAAUCUUCUGUAUCAUCACUAAUGCAUAUACAGAUAUGAAUUGAUGAGUUCCUCCGGAUUUAAUUUGCAGGAAAGAGAAAUGAUACUACAAUAGUCAAGAAAGAUGAUAGCACAGUAACUAAAGUUGUUGUAACCAUUGUCGUUCCAAUUGCUGCCUGUUUUAUUCUUGCUGCUUGUGCUGCCAUUUUCCUGAGAAAACUGAUAAUGAAGAUGCUGCAGGGGAGUUCUGGAUCCUCGGAGGAGAUAAAUGCAGUUGAUUCCCUGCAAUAUGAUUUCGAUACUCUAUGUAAGGCGACAAACGGUUUUGCUCAUGCUAACAAGUUUGGGCAAGGUGGAUUCGGAGCUGUUUACUGGGGAAAGCUUUCAAAUGGCCAAGAAAUAGCCGUGAAAAGGUUGUCGAGAGAUGCAAUGCAGGGCGAUAGCGAGUUCAAGAAUGAAGUAGUGUUGGUGGCAAGGCUUCAACACAGAAAAGAAAUCUGAUUAGGCUCUUAGGCGUGGAAAAGUUAGCAAGACGGGAUGAGCGAAGAUGUGAUCGAUCCUGUGUUGAAGACUGAAAGAGAUGCUAUCAAUGAUAUGCUGAGAUGCAUUCAUAUUGGGUUGCUGUGUGUUCAAGAAAAUGACGCAGAUCGACCACCAAUAAACUCCCUUGUGUUGAUGCUGAGCCACCCCACCAUAAGACUGCCAGCAGCAUUGCAGCCUGCAUUUCAUUUCGCGUCGAAUAGCUAUGAUUCUAGUUCAGAGGUUAGGAUAGAAACAUCUGGAGCUGAUUCAUCCAAGAACGAAAUGUCAGCUACCAAUUUGCAUCCUCGAUGAUUUUCAGUAAAUCCGUGUUGGGACUCCCGUUUGUGGAUAUAUAAAUUAAUGACGCGUAUCCAGCGAGUGAUGAACAUUGUA